CUUUCCAUUUGCAGGACUUCGCUGCAUUAUGCAUGUGCCCACAACCAUCCAGACGUGGUGACACUAUUAUUAGAAAAUAAUUCCAGCAUUAACAUCCGGGAUGAUGAAGGCUGCACACCCUUGAUUAAGGCCACCCAACGAGACAAUGUGGAUUGUGCUUCCGUAUUGCUCACCCACAAUGCGGAUCCAAAUCUGAUAGAUUCCAGUGGGAACACAGCCUUCCACCAUGCUAUAUCCAGGGGUAACAUAAGGAUUGUAAAAAUGCUCCUUGAGCACAACGUAGACAUUGAAGCCAAAACAGAGUAUGGCUUGACACCAUUGCAACUUGCAACAUUUGAACAGAAACCUGAAAUGGUAGAAUUUUUAGCAGCAAAGUGUGCAAAAAGCUCAGUGACCCCCUCCUGGUCACCCAGUCCCACAGUCUCUCCCUGCCCCUCCUCCACUUCACCUCUGAGCAGUUUGGGACUCCCUGUAUGUCCAAACCCUGGCACUUCGUCUCUCUCUGAGGACAGAAAAAGUAGCUCAGCUAGAAGAAUAAAACUGAGUACUGGAUCGUCAGCUCAGAGAACUGAAGUGAAGCAUGUCAGGUUCAAUGAAGAAGUCUUAUACUUUAAAGAGGAAAGGCCUUUGUCCUGUGAAGCAAGACCACCAGGACAGCUUAAAUCUAUCUUGAAAAACACUGUCCAGUAUAAUACAGUUAAUGAGAAAAUUACAAGAAGAACAUCACUGUGGUGUUCAAAAGCAGAAGAUGUCAGGUAUACUUCCUGUAUCAAGGUGCGAGGAAAUAAACCACCUAUUUUCCGUACCUUUCCUCGGAAGCAUAGAAUUCAUGUGCUUGAGGCUCCUGGUGACAUUGAGCCAACUCAUUCCACCUGUGCUACUGACAGCAGGGCUCCUGCUGAUGCUGAGCCAAAUUCUUCCACCUGUGCUGCUGUCAAUGGGGCUCCUGCUGGUGUUGAGCCAACUACUUCUUCCCAGUGUGCUCCUGACUGUGAAGAUCCUGCAGUCAUUGAGCCAACUCAUUCCACCUGUGCUGCUGACAGCAGGGCUCCUGCUGAUGCUGAGCCAAAUUCUUCCACCUGUGCUGCUGUCAAUGGGGCUCCUGCUGAUGUUGAGCCAACUACUUCACAACUUGUUCCUGACAGUGGUGCUCCUGCUGAUGUUGAGCCAACUACAUCCCAUUGUGCUCCUGACUGUGAGGAUCCUGCAGUCAUUGAGCCAACUCAUUCCACCUGUGCUGCUGACAGCAGGGCUCCUGCUGAUGCUGAGCCAAAUUCUUCCACCUGUGCUGAUGUCAAUGGGGCUCCUGCUGAUGAUGAGCCAAAUUCUUCCACCUGUGCUGCUGUCAAUGGGGCUCCUGCUGAUGAUGAGCCAACUACUUCCCAGUGUGUUCCUGACUGUGAGGAUCCUGCAGUCAUUGAGCCAACUCAUUCCACCUGUGCUGCUGACAGCAGAGCUCCUGCUGAUGCUGAGCCAAAUUCUUCCACCUGUGCUGCUGUCAAUGGGGCUGCAGCUGAUGCUGAGCCAACUACUUCUUCCCAGUGUGCUCCUGACUGUGAGGAUCCUGCAGUCAUUGAGCCAACUCAUUCCACCUGUGCUGCUGACAGCAGGGCUCCUGCUGAUGCUGAGCCAAAUUCUUCCACCUGUGCUGCUGUCAAUGGGGCUCCUGCUGAUGUUGAGCCAACUACUUCACAACUUGUUCCUGACAGUGGUGCUCCUGCUGAUGUUGAGCCAACUACUUCCCAGUGUGCUCCUGACUGUGAUGAUCCUGCAGUCAUUGAGCCAACUCAUUCCAACUGUGCUGCUGACAGCAGGGCUCCUGCUGAUGCUGAGCCAAAUUCUUCCACCUGUGCUGCUGUCAAUGGGGCUACUGCUGAUGUUGAGCCAACUACUUCACAACUUGUUCCUGUCAGUGGUGCUCCUGCUGAUGUUGAUCCAACUACUUCCCAGUGUGCUCCUGACUGUGAGGAUCCUGCAGUCAUUGAGCCAACUCAUUCCACCUGUGCUGCUGACAGCAGGGCUCCUGCUCACAUAGAACCAACUCCUUCACAACUUGCUCCUGACAGGGGUGCUCCUGCUGAUGUUGAGCCGACUCAUUCCACCUGUGCUGCUGACACCAGGAUUCCUGCUGACAUAGAACCAAGUCCUUCACAAUGUGCUCCUGACAGUCCUGCUCCUUCUGAUAUUGGUGAGGAACCCAGUCCUGUUGCUGACCCAGAUGAAGAUAUAGCUGAGGACUUUUAUGACGCUUUAGAGUCAUCUGAUCACACUGGCCAUAGCGGGUCCACUGUCCAGGUACCUGGUUUUCUUUGGGAACCAGAUAUGCUACUGCUGCCGGUAAUGCCCUUGAUGUGGUUUCUUACAUUCCUGUUAUCAAUGAUGAUGUGGAUUAGAAAUGGAAUUCGCAAGUGUGCUACGAAGAAAAUGGCCAAGGACCUCCCUCCAAGAGAAAAGAUAAACCCGAUGCCGCUGGAGCUGAACACUCCAACACACACUGAUAUAUGAAGACAAAGUGUGUGAGGAGGAAGUUUAUUAUGUAUAUGUAAAUAUAAAAAUUUUAUAUAUAAAUAAAAUGUUUUAUCUGUUAGAA